AUAGUGGACUAUCGCGCUUAGUCCAUUGAGCCGCAAUCAGCAAAGUGGUAAACACGAUGGAAGCGAUGUUUAUUUUGUGUUCAAAUUGAUAAGUUUUUGACUAAUUUUAAUAUUCUACAAAUUUGUGAAUACUAUGAGCGAUAUAAUUGACCAGUCGGACUCGGAACCAUUUGAGGAGUUUGGUUCGAAAUCGGAUUCUAAACCAUAUCAGGAGUCUGGUUCGGAAUUCGUGUUUUCAGAUGAAGAUUAUGAAGAAUCAUCAGACAAACCUUCUGGUACUGACCCACCAACAUCCAGGGAAGUUAAGAGUAGAAAGCGAGUUCGCCAUGAAAAAAAGUGGAAUAGAAGUGUUGCCAAGAAGAAACGAUGUGCUGGUGGAGAGUAUACAACUAGAACCAAUAGAGUUGCUCCUGCAAAGUCUUUCAGUCCAUGUGUAUGCGGUUGUAAACAUCACUGUAACAAUUUGAUUCCUGAGGAACGUCAAAGAGCUUUGCAUCAACACUUCCAUUCAUUGGAUAACUUUGAUUUUUAAACCGCGCACCUUUUUUCCUUAAUCAAAGUUGAAAAUAAAUUGCGCACGUACACUGGAAUUCCACAAAGUAGAAGGGAAAAGGAUCUAGAAUUCCAUCAGAGGAAGGCUAAAGCAGCAAGGGAUCGCCUGAAGCAUGAUAUUCAACGUGAAAAAAAUAGUGAAGUUUCUGUUAUAUGUUUCGAUUUAAUGAAAACAUUACCGACACCCGUCUUAACGACUGGAAUUUGUUAUUAUAAGAGGCAAUUAUGGACGUAUUGUUUCAACGUUCAUAAAAUGGGUACUGAUAAUUCCUAUAUGUUUAUUUGGGACGAAUCCGUCGCAUCUCGGGGACCCCUAGAGGUCGGUUCCUGCCUGUUGCAUUAUAUUAAGAAUUUUCCAACAUCAAGAAAAAUAAUCAUGUAUUCCGAUCAGUGGGGGCGCCAGAACCGUAAUAUAAAACGGCAUCUCCAGAUUUUAAUGUCGAAGAAAUUGAUCAUAAAUUCCUGGUGAGUGGCCAUUCCUAUCUCCCUAUCUCUCCCUAACAUUACGAACAGAAAACAGUCGGAGACAAAAACCAAGGUGGAAUGACUGAAAAUCCAAUGGUUAUGGGAGGGUUGGAUAAUACUGCGCUCCAGUGUAACUACAUAACUAUCUAUAAAAGCUAUGACUUCGUAUGCAUCACAUGAUCGCCCUUGCGACCUAGUAACCCCGCCCCGCGCGGCAGUGGCCCACGGUCAGUGGUAUGAGUUGUACGUCUAUACAGAACUUUUGCGCGCAUUUCUUAUAAUUUUUCUGUGACUGACGUAUCCAGGUAUGUACUUCUUUUUGUGGUCAAAAUUAUGUUGUUAUAAUGUAUUUUGUAGCGUAAUUUGGUGUUAUUUAAAGUAGAUUCGAGUUUUAAAAUUUUGUUUGUAAAAUUCUGUUGUGGUGGCAAAACAAAAUGGCGUAGGCUGAAAAUGCCGCGCUCAGGGCGCGGUAUUAUCAAUUGCAUAUUACAAAUAUCUAUUUUUUCUUUUACAGAUGACUGAAAGUGCACCAAAAAGAAAAAAGGGGUCAUGGGAUCCACUCCAAAUGCAAGCUGCUUUAGAAGCUGUAAAGAGUGGGAAAUAAAUGAAAGAAGUAGCAAUAUCAUUUAUGCUUCCGGAAUCUUCAAUUAGAGAAAAAAAAGGAGAAUACUAUGACCCUCUACUUGGCCGAAAGGCAACAUUUUCAAAAUAAGAUGAAAAGGAGUUAGCUGGCCAUAUUAUUAUUAAGUUGGCUAAAACAUUUUUUGGAAUCUCACAGCAACAGCUACGCAAUUUGGCUUAUGAGUUCGCGGUUGCAAAAAAUAUUAAACAGUUUUUCAACAGAGAAGAGCAUGGCUGGUAAGUGUUGGGUGUAUGCGUACCUGAGAUCUCUUUACGACUUCCAGAGCUAACAAGCAUGAAUAGAGUGUUGGGUUUUAGUAAAUCCGAAAUUGCAUUGUUUUUUCGCAAUUUGGAAGAAAUGACAGAGAUAAUGCUUAUCCAGCAAAACGAAUAUUCAAAUUUGAUGAAACAGGUAUUAUAACUGUUCAAAGACCUGGAAAAAUUUAUGCACCUAAAGGAAUUAAGCAAGUUGGCAAAAUUACAAGCGGAGAACGUGGGCAAAAUGUCACAGUUGUUUGUGCUAUGAAUGCAUCGGGAACUUCAUUAUUCCCACCCAUUUUUAUAUAUCCACGCCAAAGAAUCAAAGCCAGUCUCAAGAUUCGAGGGGCCUAUUGGAGCAGAAUAUGAGUUUGAAUAUAUGUUUAAAGUCUGGGUCGAUCAUCGAAGAACUUUUUGAGAAAUGGCUUCGUCACUUUGCCAAAUAUAUUACUGCAACAGGUAAAAACCACACUCUACUAAUUCUUGACAAUCAUGCUAGUCACUUGUCCCCCCGCACACUUCCCAUAGGAUGCAGCCUCUGGAUGUCACUUUCUACAGUCCAUUGAAGACAGCUUAUCAUAAAGAGUGUGACUUAUAUAUGAAAAACCAUCCAUAUGAAAAAAUUACUCAUGAUGUUAUUGCUUCAAUAUUUAAUAAAGCUUAUUUGAGAGUAGCUUCGAUGGACAAGGCAGUAAAAGGUUUCGAAGUGACUGGCAUUCAUCCCAUAAACCCCAACGUGUUUGAUGAUGAUGAUAUCAGACCCAAUUGUUGAAGACUUACUACUCGAAACGAAAAUUCAUUCAACAAUGACAUAGCAACGGAAGCACUCUCUACACAUGUUUCAAAUAAAACCGAAUCUGUUGCUAGUACUUCGCGUAGUAACAUUUUAGAGAUAUUGAGCCCAGUGCCUCGAAAAAUUCAGAAAAUUAAAAAACGUUCAAAGAAA